CCCCAGCCCACACCACAAAUACACAAACAAGCACGAGCAGAGCAGAGCAGAGCCGAGCACGCGAGCUCUCACCAGUACGGCACGACAGGCGCUCCGUCCUCCCUGGCCAUGGCUCGCGCGCACGGCGCAUUCCUGCUGCAGCUGCUGGCCGCCGGCCUGCAGGUCGUCGCGCUCGCUGCGACCGUCACAGUCACGCAGACGGACGACCCGCGGUGCCGGCCGAGCCUCCCGCGGCGGGGCGCCGUCGCGGUGUACCCGAGCGACAUGGAGCAGCUGCAGUUCCUGCUCAACCCCAAGUUCGUGGAGGCGGAGUGGUUCCUCCACGCCGCGCUGGGCCGCGGCAUCGACUACCUCGACCGCAACCUCUCGGCGGGUGGCCCGGCCCCCGUCGGCGCGCGCAAGGCCAGCCUCGACUUCCGCACCACCGAGAUCGCCGCCGAGCUCGGGUACCAGGAGGUGGGCCACAUCAGGGCCAUCACGCAGGCCAACGGCGGGUUCCCGCGCCCGGCCAUCGACCUCAGCGCCGACCGCUUCGCCGCCAUCAUGGACGACGCCCUGGGGGCGCGCCUCGACCCGCCCUUCGACGCCUACAACAGCACCGUCAACUUCUUGCUCGCCUCCUACAUCCUCCCCCACGUCACCGCCGCCGCCGCCGUCGGCAUCAGCCCCAACCUCAUGGGCUACGCCUCCAAGCGCCUCCACGCGAGCGUCCUGGCGGUGGAGGCCGGGCAGGACGCGGUGAUCAGGAUGCUGCUGUACCAGCGCGCCGACGAGACGGUGGCGCCGUACAAGGGGCGCACGGUCGCCGAGUUCACGCGCCGGAUCUCCGACUGGCGCAACGACCUGUCCGGCUGCGGCGCCAAGGACGAGGGGGUCAAGGUGCUGGACCGGCAUCAGGGCGCGGAGCGGCGCACCAUCAGCAACAUCCUCGGCGCCGGCGUGGACUCGCUCGGUUACCAGCGCACCCCGGCGGAGGCGCUGCGCAUCCUCUACGGCUCGCGCAACGAGCAGGUCCCCGGCGGGUUCCUGCCCCGGGGCGCCAACGGCACCAUCGCCAGAGGAUUUGUCCAGCUCGCAUAGAUGUCGCUGCAGCUCGAGGAAUCACCCGGUGCUUCCAUUCCACCUCUUUCGUGCUACCCAUGGACUGAGACGCAAUAAAAAUUCAGCUUACAGCUACAGAAACAAAAUGCCAAGUGUGUGUAGGAACCGUACAAAACUAAACUAAAAUCUGUUGCGAAUAGUACUUCGUUAGCAUUACUCAUACUAUGAUUUGUCAUUGUUUGUUCCUUAUAUCUGUGGAUCGAGUUUCAAAUGAAAUGCUGGGCCAUUUAAAGACA